AUGUGUCGGUUGAUCUCUACCCUGACUGUGCUGCUCAGCAUCUGUUUAGUCCACAAAAAAGAAAGCACCAUCAAUAAGGAUGCCUUGGAGAAACUGUAUUAUGUGACAAAGCUCACAGAACUCAUCAGGUCCAAGUCCUCCUCAAGUGCUGAGGACUUAGGAGAUUCCACAGAGUGUCUACACUUCUUUCCAGACUUUAUCUGGACUGUCUGGGAUUUUACCCUGGAGCUGAAAAAUGGUGAUCGGAAUAUCUCAGCAGAUGAGUACCUGGACAAUGCCUUGAAGCUGACUGCAGAGCUUGAAACUCUGGUGGUGACCUAUGUGGAUGCCAUCAAGAGUGGAAAAAUUCCUUGUGUGGAGUACGCAGUGACAACUCUGGCCCAGCUUGAGAACUCAGCAGCCAUGGACAAGGCAGCCGAGCACAACAGCCAGCAGAUGGCCCAGCGAGUGAGCUUCCCCACGGAGUCGCUCCAGGAGUUACUGGACGUGCACGCAGCCUGUGAGAGAGAGGCCAUGGCAAUCUUCAUGGAACAUUCCUUCAAGGAUAACAAGCGAGAGUACCAGGUGAGGCUCAUGAAAAUCAUCAAAAAGAAGAAGGAGGAUUUCCUGCGGCAGAAUGAAGAGGUAUCCGGUAAAUACUGCCAGGAACUACUUGAGAAGCUUUCAGAGGACCUAACUGAAAGUAUUUCAGCAGGAACUUUCCAUGCUCCCGGAGGGCACAAGCUCUACAGGGAAGCAAUGGAUAGGAUUGAGAGAGACUAUCUGCGUGGGUCAGGAAAAGGAGUGAAGGCAAAGGAGGUUUUCCAGAGCACUCUGCAGUCACAGGCAGCAGUAGAGAAAUCCAUCCUGCAGGCUGACAGAGCCCUCAGUGAUGGGUUGAAGGCCAUCGCAGAGGAGAUGGCCAGGAAGGAGGUGGCGGAGAAGGAACAGAAGUUUAUCAUACAGAGGCUAGAGGAGCAGCAGCAGCAGAUGGAGGCACAAAUGAGGAGUCUCCAGGAGAAUUUAGGCCAACCACAAGAGAAAAUGUCGUGCGGAAGAGCAAAUCUUCUGAGAGAGGAGAAUAUAAUGCUGAAGCAUAAGCUGAAAAUCCAAGAAGCAAUGUUUAAACAAGGAUUUCAAAAUAAAUGUGCAGAGAUGGGUGCAGAGAUAAAUCGGUUAAAGGAAGAGAUUGCUACCAAAGAUGAUCAUCAAAAUGAUGAUCUCUGGAUUGCAAAAACCUUGGACAAAUUUGGCAAUGCAAUCGCUUCAGUAUUAUCUGCUGCUGGUAAAUUGAUUGGAAAUCUUGUGAAAGGAAUGGGUGCACUAUUUAAAACAAAAUAA